AAAUAGUAAUGCCGGCAAAGGUAAACAUUCAAGUGCUCGUGGUAAUAAUGGCCUUCGUCCCAUUAUCAUUUGCUUCGUCAAUAAUGAACACAGUAUACCUGAAUCCGGGAGCUUCUAUUGAAGUGGAAGGAAGGAGGUAUGGAACCGAUACACUGCGUACUUAUUGCUACAUUGGGAAACCCUUCUCAUUACUGGAUAUGUUCGAAACGAUGGAACUUAUUGUUAACAUUCAGAAUAGUGAAUACACUGAGUAUGGAGGCCGCACUCCUGAGGAAGUCUUGAAGCACUUCAACGAAAUGGAUUCGGUGAAGCGGUUCAAUUUGUUUUCCGAGAAACACCCACGCAUGCAGAUCUCUCCCAAUGAACAGCACUGUGUUGGCGUGGAAACUAAAGAGCCCUACAAGGUCGAGCUAAAACAUAUUCGUUUCGAUCUGUUCCGGUUGAAGCAACUGAUCGUUGGCAUUAUAAUAGUCUGUAGUGCUAGCAGACUGGCAAAAAACACUAUAUUCUACUAUAUAGCCGGGAUGGUUCUGGGUAUUUGUGCCUCCUUGGUGGUUAUUAUAACGAUAACGGCUAAAUUGCUACCCAGACAUCCUCUAAUGUACGGCGUGCUAAUUGGAGGAUGGACCAUUGGAUUCUACAUACUGAAGCAGCUGAUGGAUAACAUGAGAUUAAUUUUAGUCAACUAUAGCCAUUACCUUCUGGGAUAUAUCGCCUUUACAGGCUUCACAUCACUACUGAUAUGCUACCGCAUUGGACCGCCCCGGAACCCACGCUCCCAGAACAUCGUCAAGUGGGUACUACAAGCUAGUGGUGCUGCUCUCGUUUAUUUCAGUAACUGGCACACUCGUGUCACCAUAGCUAUUCUGGUCCUCACAUUUAUGGGCGAUUACGUACCAUUAUCGGGGAUAUUCUAUCUAAAAAAAAAGUAUCGUCGGCGUUUUCCGCCUAAGCGCCGUCUACUAUCUGUAGAUGAAUACAACCAGCAAAGCCUGGACGAAACGACCCGCUCUCUAGCCGAGCUUCGCGAAUAUGUGAACAGUCCCAACUGCCAGCAAUGGAAUCUUAUGCGUCGUUUGCGGAAUCCGAUGCAAUUUGCUAAUUUUGCGAAUGGCGAACCCCACCUAGAUGAAGAGGAAAUCGAGGACUACUCACGCACUAUAGAGGAGGAGUUCGACCUCGCUGACGAUGUAGACGAUGAAUAUUUUCAAAUGCACUCAACGCCCCAACAUCAACAGCAUGAUGGAGAAUAUAACGGAAAUGAUGACCAAAAUAUAGAUAUCAAAUAUAAUUAAUAACCAGCAAUUCAACGCAAACUAUUUAUAUCGUUUAUAAAAUUAUAUUUUUGUUCAAUUUUAUUUAUAAAUUUAUGUAUGUUUUAUGUGAA